AUGACCACCGUCCAUUCCAUGACUGCAAACCAGCUUACUGUCGAUGGCCCUUCCCGUGGUGGUAAGGACUGGCGAGCCGGCAGAGCUGCUGGUGUCAACAUCAUCCCCUCGUCCACUGGAGCUGCUAAGGCUGUGGGUAAGGUCAUUCCUUCGCUGAACGGAAAAUUGACCGGUAUGUCGAUUCGUGUGCCUACAACGGAUGUGUCCGUUGUUGACCUGACUUGCUCCUUGGAGAAGGAGGCUACUUACGAUCAGAUCAUGGAAGCGAUUAAGAAGGCUGCUGACGGACCCUUGAAGGGCAUCUUGGCUUACACCGAUCAUGAUGCUGUAUCUACCGAUUUCAUUCAUGACAAGGCAUCGUCCACUGUUGACAUCAAAGCUGGCAUUUCCCUCAAUCCCAGUUUCGUGAAGCUUAUCUCUUGGUAUGACAAUGAGUGGGGUUAUUCCAACAGACUCUGCGAUCUCGCUGCCCACGUUGGCAAGACUUGCGGUUUCUAG